CACAAGUCUAGUAUCUGUAACUAUCACUUUCCCUGCCCACGGGGACAGUCAUAUCUGAGGGGAAUCAUAAACUACUGAGUCAGGGUGAGUUGCAUAAAGCAGUGGAAGUUAGUAAGAUGGCUGAACUUAGUCUCACCAUGCAUUUGCGAACAUGCUGAAAAGUGUCAUUCCAGGUCUUCUCUGCAAACUUCAGCCGCAGGUAUUAUCACUCAGCCUUUUUUUUUGGCAGCUGCCGUCCAGACUGAUUUCCCUCCUCUGCAUUUCACAAUCCUCGCCUCAACCUUGAACUCUCUCCUCUCCACGCUCGUAUCUCUCUGCACACAGAGCCAUGGCAGCCGCUAAGCCAAAGGGGCAGAAUUCUCUAGCCCUUCACAAAGUCAUUAUGGUGGGCAGUGGAGGGGUGGGCAAGUCAGCCCUCACUUUACAGUUCAUGUAUGACGAGUUUGUUGAAGACUACGAGCCCACAAAGGCAGACAGCUACAGGAAGAAAGUGGUGUUAGAUGGAGAGGAAGUACAGAUUGACAUCCUUGACACGGCUGGACAAGAGGACUACGCAGCCAUCCGGGAUAACUACUUCCGCAGUGGAGAGGGUUUCCUCUGUGUAUUUUCCAUCACGGAGCUGGAAUCAUUUGCAGCAACAGUCGACUUUAGAGAGCAGAUACUGCGAGUAAAGGAAGAUGAGAACGUGCCCUUUCUCUUGGUGGGUAACAAGUCCGACUUGGAUGACCGACGGCAGGUCAGCGCAGACGAAGCCAAAGCUCGUGCCGAACAGUGGGGCGUGUGCUACGUGGAGACGUCUGCUAAAACCCGUGCCAACGUCGACAAGGUGUUCUUUGACCUGAUGAGAGAGAUCCGGGCGAGGAAAAUGGAGGACAGCAAAGAGAAAAACGGCAAGAAGAAAAGUAAAAGUUUGGCCAAGAGGAUUCGAGAACGCUGCUGUAUUUUAUAGUGGUAAAAGAGAGCGGGGGGAGCUGCUGUUGUACAUAUACAUUUCUCAGACUUUUGACAUUUAUUUUGUGCUCGUACCUGACCGCGACUCUCCUUUCCUGGCUAACAGGAAAUCUGACCAUGUGUCAGGAGGUAGUGAGGUGGCACUUCAUACACCAUUUAUAGCUCUAACUUUUUAUGUGCUGACACUCCAAAUAACUUACGUACUCUGUCUCUUACUCUGACCAUUUAACGGAGUGUAAUAAAUGGAUGGUGUUUUUACUUUAGGACCCAGCUUGACCAGAGGCGAAGCUCUGGAAUGUUACACAACCGUUCAUUGUAGAGUUUAAUGUGUAUAAUAUAUUCAAGAGAAACCUUGUGGUGGGAGCUGAAAGGGGAGGACGAAGUGAAAGUGUCAAGAGUUGAGAUUUAAAUGCAAAGUUCCACUUCAUAUGUUGAGUCAGCACUGCAGACAUUUACAGUAACCACAGUGUCAACUCUGAGGAAAUGUUUGAUUGUGUUGAUUCACAAGCAUUUGAAUGGAAAGCGUCCGAGCACACACUGAACCCCAGCUGCGGUUUUAUUGCCAUCUCUUCGGGUCAUUUUCAAUCUUCUACUUUACUCUGUGCUAUGAUCGCCAACACUUUAUUUUUAUCUCGAGUCUAACGCCUCCUUUGUCACGCCGUCCUUUUAAAGCAAGUGCACUAACGUUUCCUUUCCUCCUGCUCUCACCGUGUUAAACAUUAAUAAUGACACCUGUAGUCUAAUAGAGAUUACUGCAACACUUGAAAGCUUUUUUUUUUUGGUUAAUUAUGCUGAUAUUCCAGAAGGUUUACCUCAAUAUGGCAUUCAAUGCCUGUCUUUGGAAUCCCUGGUGCUCUGUUAGAAAAGUGAUUCCAUGACACUACGUCCUUUUACGUAUUUUCUUUGUCCAAACUAAAUUAUUUUUUAGACAUGUUGAUGAUUUCUUUUUGUUACUUUCCUGGCCCAGUUUAUUUAUUCCCAUCCUCUAAAAUAUUGGACAUGACUGACUUAAACAAGAAUUUUCCUCCCCUAACUGUAAUCAUGACAAGUGACUGCUAUGUAAUGGUAGUAAAGCAGAACAUCAGAACUGAACUGCAGCUCAAGAGCAACAAGGCCAGCUCUGAUAAUCCAUGACUUCAAAUUAGAAGCGGAUCAGUUAUGCCAGUUAAAGUCUAGUAAAAGAUGAAAAUAGGUUGAAGAUAAAACUCCUGACAACAUACUCCUUUGCUCAAUUCUUGAGAUUACUGACACACUACAAGUUUCUGUCUCAGUAACAUUUAACAACAAUAUUUAAAAUGAUCACAGCAGCACACAGUCGCACAUUUCUGAAGGUAAACACAUUUAAAUAUCUCGUCCUGUGAAUGUGAAAAAGUCAAAGGUGUAGAGGACUGUUGUCUGAAAAGACAGGUAAAAAAUAUCUGUCUUUGUGAGGGUUUUGGUGAUUUUUAAGUAAAUUGCUUCACUGUUUAUUGUGACGUCUGUCCUGUCUGCUUGUGCUCUUCCAGUGACGUGCAGUGAAUCAGUCAUUAACACUGUGCUCUCCUUGCUUUUGUUUCCUGCUCUGCACAUCUGUCCAUGUUUCUAUGCUUUGGUCACGUCAUGCUAACAUAGUGGUACAACAGUGUGAGGAUGCUCCAAAUGUGACAGAAAUGCUUUAUAGAUGUGUAAAUUACAGACAAGAAAACACUAUGAAAUUUACCCUAAUGACCUUUGCUUUUCCUACGCCUGAGCCAUUUUUCAACCACAUACAUUCCUCACAUAUUUAAAUCUAUUUUAUUUUUUUAAAGUUGUAAUUUACUCGGAUAACCAUAACCAUCCUCUCAACCUCCCCAACAUUUCCAAUCUGGUCUGCAUUAGGGUCAUUCAUUUCAUGUGUUCAUCGCUACCAGCAAAAGUUCAGGCACUAGCAACACUGGAGUCUAUGCAAAAAACACUAAAGAUACACAUGCGGUCAAGUUUGGAUAUUUACAAAAAUUGCUCGGUGAGCCGUAUGUAACAACAUGAAAGCUAAUUUCUCAACACUUUUCCAAAGUUCGAUUCUGCGACAACUCACAGAGUUGGUGGUGGUCAUAGAAAUAUAAAGCCCCCAUCAGCUGGUUUUACCUAACUAGACCACAAAAAACAAAAAACAAAACCCCAACAUGAUCCAGAAACAAAGAAAAGAAACAAAUGUUGCAAAUACUUCACUUAUAGUAUGUUUUCUAAAUAUUCCUUGCCUUUAAUGUCGAGCUUCGUUUUUAUGCUACAGUAAUGUUUACGUCUUAAGCGAACCCCCUUAUUUUAAAGCCAGAAAGAGAGCAACACAAAAAGGCAUAAUAUUGUUUUGAUGAUUCCAAAUGAAGCUCUCAACAACAUUGACUGAAUGCAGCCCCAAACCAAUACAGGGCCCUACCUGUUUGUUAAUAUGUUUUAAAACAGAGACCUAAUAUUAAAAAUAUUUAAAAGAAAAAUCCAACUUUUUUAUUUAUUUAACCAAUUUGUUGAUAUUCAGUAACUAUUGCCUGUUAGCCCCUUUCUAAAGACUAAUGAACUCUUGCCAAGCACUAUAUAUAUAUGCCUUCAGCAGGUGUGUCUCUAAUCCUGUUUUCAUCACUGUCCAUUAUAGUGUGGUAAUUGUACAAAAGAAUAGUAGAAUAUUAAAAAAAAAAAUCUGCCGUAUAAAACGUCUACUAAAAAGCACACAGAACGAGAGAGGGGUGAACGUGACCAUGUGACAGGAAGUGAGCUGGAAACACUAAUUUGUGGCAUGAGAAUGCUUGUGAAAUCAUCUGGUUUGAUUAUAUAUAAAUAUUUAUAUGUAUAAAGGGCUAACCUCCAGUGCACCAUACCAUGAUUGAAAACCCUUCCUGACAGUCAAAUUGACAGGCACAACAGAAAAAAAAGACUUUCAAUCUAAAAGAACCACAGCCUGUCAUGAUGCACCUUCCACAGAGUAAGGCCAUUACAGUAAGUGCUGUGUGUGUGUGACUGCUAAAAGCUACUGGACUUUAAGUGACCACCAUCACGCUUCCUUGCUGUAACACUGGCCGAACAGCAUUUCAGUCUCUGCUCAGAGCUUUACAUUGUCAUUUCAAGUCCUUGUCUUUGUCGUUAAAUAAAUCAACUCGGUGGCCUGAAAAUAUCCAACUGGACACUGACACAGUCGGGAUGUUUGUGUGAAAGCUAUGAGCGACACUGUCCUACUGGAUAUUCAUUUUGCCUUUUAUAUAUACAUGUCAAUAGAAUUUAAAAAAAUAAAUAAAUGAGCAAGUUGUCUGUCUUUGAUUGGAUGGUUGUAUGUUUGCCAUCGGUUAAAUGUUUCCUCCUUGUUUACUUAUUUUAAGAAGUAACUACUAAUGUAGCCUGUAUCUGUUUGUGAAUGCAAGAGGUGAAGCUUACAUUUCAAUUCAUUUGUGUGAGUAAUUUGGAAAUGGCAAAUAAAGUGGACAUUACUGAUAAUACU